GAGAAAUAAAAAAACGAAAAGUUUGUUCAAUAAAAUAGAAUAGCAGGGGUUUGUGUAGGCUGUGUGGGCAUUUCAUUGGGCGUGCGGGAGCUAUGAGCUGGCCCUGCCACUGCCCACCUUUCCGCAGCCGAUGCAUCGUGAACAGGAUUUCCACAAUCCCGCUUGGUCCGUCCAUGUGACUCUGCGCUGUAUCACGAAACUUCCCAGAACAAGUAGCCCUGCAGACUGCUCUGUAACCCUCAGACUACACACACAUAUAUAUAUACAUUUCGUCUGUGGAGUCUCACACACACACAGAAACAGAGACACAGAGACAGAGACAUCUGCUCUAGUGUAAUGGAGACGUUUAGAGCUCGAAUCUUCUUAGCCCAUCUCAUUCCCGCCCUGAAGAGUGUGCACAGGAAGUCAGGCCUGUGCUGCAGUGCUUUGAAGAGAAAGCAAGCCAUACGGCUUGCAGCAGAUAUAUGCCUGGCCAGGACUGCAAAUGAAAUUAAUGGGUCGGGAUGGAGUCGAGCCCUGAACCUCAGCCUGCAUAGAAAGAUCAUGAAGCAAGCUUUGUCCUCCAUCAGAUCUCGGUCUAAGCCCAUGAAAAAGAGGUGCACUUCUACCCUUUUGAGGAGGCUGAGAGUGGUUUCACUCAAGCCCAAGAAUGUGGGUGUUAGUGUUGAUAUUAAUGCAGUGGAGAUGAGGGUAAAGGCAUUGCAGAGGCUUGUUCCAGGUGGGCGGGAGAUGAAGGAUAUUGAUCUUCUUUUCCAGGAGACUGCUGAUUAUAUUGUGAAUCUUAAAAUGCAAGUUCACACCAUGCAAGCUCUUGCAGAUUUUUGCUCCACCGAGUACCCAGAUCUUUGUGUUGAAGGAGAGUUUCAUAGAAGUAGUGCUCUUCAAGUAGUUUCUCAUGUAUAGAUAGAUCUGGUAAGCAUGCUAUCAGUCUUUUCAGUGAUGUAAUGUACAUGAGAAAGUCAGGGAAGUUUGUAAUUUUUUAAAUAACUAGUUUGUUUUUGGGUUAUUCAGACUCAGAACUUUCCUUUCAGUUAAUGUAUACUCGUUUGCAAA